AGCAAUCACUUGGAUAUCGGCCUCUUACAGGAUCUUAUUCAUUAUCACACUCUCAAAAUGUUGCGACGAAAAAUAGCAGACCAAUACAUAGUGAUGUCCAUUAUGAUGUUCGUAACAAUAAAGAAAGCUAUACUGAUCAGGAAUAUCAACGUGAAUUAUCAUACGUUCUACCAAACUAUCCAUUUGGAAUAUCAGACUUUUCUCAAGAUAAUGUUAAAGUUCACUCUUCAAGUUACGAGUCUCCGACCAUGUUCCAUAACAUCAAGAAUUUUGAAUAUGCUACACUAGUAGAUAAUUCGAACUUAGAAAAAUUAGAAAAAAAAGUAGAUCCGCUACCUAUAAAGUAUGAACAAGAUACUAAUGGAAUUUUUGUUCGAAGCAAAUCAGAUCACUCUAGAGUUUUUGAUCUUGGUGAUUUAAGGAGUCAGAAAUCAUUGAAUAAAUUGUAUUAUCGCAACCCAGAGUUCCAACAAUAUCAUGUGGAAUUAACUAAUCAGAAACAACCGAAAACUAAUGCCUUUGAAACCGUGCAAAAUAAUAAACCUGUGCAGCUAAAUAAUUUACACUCAGUAUCGCAUGUAUCUCCAUCCAAGUAUAUAAGUUCCAAUACAAAACCAAAAAAUAUUGAGAGCCAUAAUUAUAGUCAGAGCUCUGCACAGGCACAAGCAGAAGCUCAAGCUUUAGAAUUCCAAAAAAUAUCUCAUUCUGCUCAUCUUGAACAUCAACGGGCAGCACUCCACCAGAUUCGUUUAGGAAUAGAUAGACAUAAUCAACAAACUGCUCUUGAACAAAUUAAUCAAGGUCAUUUAAGUGAUGCUGGCAAGAAAUUUGUUGAAAAAAACUUCCAAGUUUCAGACCCUGAGCUGAUCCAACAAGCACAGUUCACAAAGCGCAUAUCAGAGCAAGUUGCGGAAACUCGCCAAAAUCAAGAAGCUAGUGAGUAUAAAGCUCAUUCAGAUGCGAUAAUUGCACUUCAGAAACAACAAGCUGCUCAUCUGAAAGCUCAGGAAGAUGCACAUAUUUUUGCUCUGAACUUCGAACAGAAUCAAGUAAACGCACAAGCUAAAGCACAGGCUCUUGCCAAUGCUCAAGCGGUGAUAUUGUAUAAAGCUCAUCGUGCUGCACAUGCCAAAGCUCAAAAUGAAGCAAAACUUGUUGCGCAGGCGCGAGCUAGUGCUAGAUAUCAUGAUCCUGAACAUACUCCUGUAAUUCAAUAUUUAUUACCACAAAUGCAAUCUCUUCCUGAUUUGAGUAGCCAGUUGUCCCAAUGAACUAUGAUGUAGCAAUGCAAAUUAAGAUAAUUGAUCGAAGAAACCGAAAAAUCCAAAUCCAAGUUGGAUUGUUACUCUAAACAAUACCAUAUACAAUGUAACAUUUUAAUAUAUCGAUUCAUAAAUAUAAAUACGAUAAGAAGUACUAGUAUCAUUCACAAAGGUCAAUCAUAUUUUAAUUAAAACCAAAGCCUAUUUUGAAACUUAACAAAAAUUCCCAAGUCAUAACUGAAGUUGUAUUUCAUCUAUAAAUAAGGAAAAUUACUGUCAACAAAGCGACAUCUAAAUUUUGAAUAAUUAAAACGGUUCAAGCCAUUGAGCUCAAUUAAAAAUUAUCUUCGGACUGGGCUUCACUGCGAAUUGUAAAGUUUAGAAGUGAAUAAAGAUUGUAAUUUUUAUAAUUUCUA